CGUCGCUCUGACGUCACUUCCCGGCGCCCUCCCUUUCUUGUCCUGUCUUGCCUUGCUCCUGGCUGUCAGACGCAGCGAUGGGGAAGAAGCACAAGAAGCACAAGGCCGAGAAGACGGAGUGGAGGUCCACCGCCGCCCCCAGCGCCUCUGGGACGGGGGCUUCCGCCGCUUAUGACGAUUAUGUGGAUAAACCCUUAGAGAAGCCACUGAAGCUGGUAUUGAAAGUUGGAGGUAGUGAAGUGACAGAGCUUUCAGGAUCCGGACAUGAUUCCAGUUAUUAUGAUGACAGAUCAGACCAUGAGAGAGAGCGACAUAAGGAGAAAAAGAAGAAGAAGAAAAAGAAAUCUGAUAAAGAGAAAGAAAAGCAUCUGGAUGAGGAGGAGAGGCGAAAGAGAAAGGAGGAGAAGAAAAGGAAAAGGGAGAAGGAACAAUGUGAUACUGAGGGUGAAUUGGAUGACUUUGAUCCUGGAAAGAAAGUAGAGGUUGAGCCACCCUCAGAUCGUCCUGUCAGAGCCUGUAGGACUCAGCCCGCAGAAAAUGAAAGCACACCUAUUCAACAAUUAUUGGAACAUUUCCUUCGUCAAUUACAAAGGAAAGAUCCUCAUGGAUUUUUUGCUUUUCCAGUCACGGAUGCCAUUGCUCCUGGAUAUUCCAUGAUAAUAAAACAUCCUAUGGAUUUUGGCACAAUGAAGGAAAAAAUUGCAGCAAAUGACUACAAGUCAGUAACAGAAUUCAAGGCAGAUUUUAAACUGAUGUGUGACAACGCAAUGACGUACAACAGACCAGACACUGUGUACUACAAACUGGCCAAAAAGAUCCUCCAUACAGGCUUUAAGAUGAUGAGCAAAGAACGGCUGUUAGCUUUGAAGCGCAGCAUGUCGUUUAUGCAGGACAUGGAUUUUUCUCAGCAGGCAGCUAUUUUGGGUGAUGAAGAUCCAGCUGUUGAGGAACCUGUGCCUGAAGUUGUUCCUGUGCAUGUUGAAACUACCAAGAAAUCCAAAAAGCCAAGUAAAGAAGUUAUUAGUUGUAUAUUUGAACCAGAAGGAAAUGCAUGCAGUCUGACAGACAGCACAGCUGAAGAACAUGUCUUAGCUUUGGUGGAACAUGCAGCAGAUGAAGCACGAGAUCGGAUCAGUCGAUGUCUCCCAAACAGCAAGAUAGGCUAUCUGAAAAAGAAUGGUGAUGGGUCUUUGCUCUUCAGUGUACUUAAUCCAUCUGAUCCAGAUGCAGAAGAGGAAGAAACCCAUCCAGUGGAUUUGAGUUCCUUGUCAAGCAAAUUAUUACCUGGUUUCACAGCACUGGGCUUUAAAGAUGAAAGAAGACAUAAAGUUACAUUUCUUUCAAGUGCUAAUACAGCCCUUUCUAUGCAAAACCACUCUAUCUUUCAUGAUCUGAAAGCAGAUGAAAUGGAAUUGUUGUAUUCAGCAUAUGGAGAUGAAACUGGGAUCCAGUGUGCCUUAAGCUUACAGGAAUUUGUGAAAGAUUCUGGAAGUUACAGUAAAAAAAUAGUGGAUGACAUGCUAGAUCAGAUCACUGGAGGAGAUCAUUCCAAAACCAUUUACCAGCUAAAACAGAGGAGAAACAUUCCAGUGAAACCUCCAGAUGAAAUCAAAGUUCCAGCAGUACUCAUUAAAGAAGAACACAAAUUGCGCAAUACUUGUCCAGAUGCCCCUAAGCAAAGUAUGGUUGGAGAAGCCAUUGGAGACAAUACUAGUUCUGUUUUGGAUUUCUUAUCUAUGAAACCGUAUUCAGAUGUGUCUCUUGAUAUAUCCAUGUUGAGUUCAUUGGGUAAAGUAAAGAAAGAGCUUGAUCAUGAUGAAAAUCAUUUACACUUGGAUGAAACAACAAAAUUACUACAGGAUCUUCAUGAGGCACAGGCUGACAGAGUAGGAUCUAGACCUUCUUCCAACCUCAGUUCCCUCUCUAAUGCAUCUGAAAGGGAUCAACACCAUCUAGGAAGCCCUUCUCACCUAAGUGUUGGAGAACAACAAGACAUGGUACAUGACCCCUAUGAAUUUCUUCAGUCUCCAGAACCUCCAAAUGCCAAUAACUGAUUUUUCAUAUACAGUAUUUAAUUUUUAUUUUUUAGAACUGUAUAAUGUUUUAAUGAGACAAUAUGCAUUUCAGUUUGUCCUCUUUUUGUAUAAAGAUUGCUGUAUAAUAAUGUUUAUGCAUACAGUAUGUUUGUAAAUUUUACUAGGGUAGUAGGAAUAUCAUGGUAUUUGUACCACUUCAUACAGUAUUUUAGGGAUAUGUACUAUAAAUCUAAGGCAGAAGCAAAUUACGUAUUUAAGAAACCUUAUUUAUUCAAAAAUACUAACCAGCUGUUUAUCAUGCUGUCAGUCAUUAAAAGUUUUAUACUUAGAAAUUACUCAAAGAGGAGUAUU